GACUUACUCUUCAGACCAAUGCUGCUGCAGUUGUUUGAGUUAUUUGUUUGAGGGAACAAGACAAACAACCAAAACAUUUGACUUCAAAAACAUCCGUAGCUCAAGCACUUGCCAAUCGGCCUUAUUGUGUGAAAGUUUUUAAUUUUCUACUUGCUUGUCAAGCAAUGAGCAGACAAUACACCCCCAAAAGAGACCUCGCUGACUGUGUGGUUCUAACUAGGUGCUGCCCACUGCAGCCUUCCAAGGUCAGUCCCACUUUUGGUCAAGUCAUGUCGGGUCAUUCUUGUUGGUUCAAGAAGCUCGCUUCGUGUGAGUUGUAUAGCUGCUCUCUACCGCGGUGCAAGAUCCUUCAGCUGGGCCGGCAGGAUCUUCUCAUGGCACCGUCUCCUAAAAGUCUAUUGAGUCCAUUUCAAGCCGGAGAGGAACGAUAUCAAUGGCAAUUUUUGGAGCUGCGAAUGCGGUACGGGAUCCGCUGGAUCGAUGCGGAAUGGCGUUAUUCUCCGAGCGCGUUUGACCGGCCCCAAAGAGCCGAACACUUGAAGCUCUGGAUCGCCGCCAUCACCCGGUUCUCCGAGGCGGUGCUGAGGAAGGACCUGGAGAAGGUGGACGACGUGCUGAAUUUGAUUUCCAAGUUCAAUUUCCGUCCUCGGCCCAAUCCCAAACCCUUCCUGGAGACAUUGAAAGGAGAGCUUCAGCAGCGUUCGGCUGCCCUGGCAUCCUUGAGGCAAACGGGAAUUCCGGAGGUCGUGGAAGUCCUUUGCCUGUUGCUUUGGGAACUUAUUGAACGCAACUCCAGGCUCCAUGAUGAAGAGACAGCGCAGUUGCAGCGAUUGCUGGAUUUGAUGCAGAAGGCCAUCGCAGACUGGGAUCGAGUGAAGAAUCCAGGGCAGAUCGAGUGGUGUAGCUAUUUUUGCGGACCAAUUUGGUCCUUGCGGCAGAGUGGUGGUGAUUACAGUCCUGUGGACUAUAAUAGGGCCUUGGAGGAUUUGAGGUUGCUAAGAGACCUGACCCAAUGCAUUCUGACCUUAAGGGAGCUAGAGAAGCAACAGCAACAGCGCAAGUCGCAGAGGAAGGAGGAGUUGGAGAGCGUGACGGAGAUGGAUGACACUUUGAAGAGGAUUGAAAACCAAUCUUCAGCCGUGAUGCAGCUGCCUGAGAAGCUGCAGAGUGAACUCCUGAAAAUGAAUGAUGCGUUCCUUCAGUUGCAGGAUGAACAGCUGAAGAUGAAUGAGGAGUUGCAGGAGGUGAAGUUGGAGAAUGACGCCAUCAAGCGCAUUGCCCAGGAAAGUCAGCAGAGCCAGGAGGUUUUAAGUCUCAAGGUGAAUGAAGGAGUGCAGGUUCAUGAGAAUCUCAAGUCAUUGGAGUCCCAAUUGCUGAACACAAAAGCUGAAUUGCAGGACUUCAGAUCGAAACAUGAAGCAUCCAGCAUGACAUCAGAUUUUGAGAAGCUAAAGUUGCAGAAAGAGUUUCUGAACAUGAAGAAGGAUGUGCAUGAGAUGAGCAUGAAGUUUGAUCGCUUGACCAUCAGUGACAACUUGAAGAUGAAGAAGGUUGGCUUGACCCUGCACCAACCGUUGCAUUUGUCCGGUUUGGCAAAGACCGAGUUCAGCGACGCUUGCUCAGAUGCCUCUUGGGUCAGAGUCCAACCAGACGAAGAAACCAGCAUGCUGCUCAGUGCAAGUUCGGGCUUUUCUGUGGACACAGGUGGUCCCCGGUGCUUUAUGCUCGACACCAUCUUCAAGACACCCUUUGGCUCCGUCUUGAGCGGUCCACAGUUGUCGAAAGACACUCCGAUCCUCGCGGCUGACGGCUCCACGAUCUUGGCAGUUGCAAAUGAUCCCGAGCAGCACGUGGUCCGUGGGACCGUGAUCCUUGAGACCAAGGAAGCCAAGCUUCAAGUGACACGUGAUCACCGCAUUGUCUUGGCCUCGGGUCAGCUUGUAGCAGCUGUACAGCUGAAAGUGGGAGAUGAGGUUUUGGUCGAGGGCGUUCCGACGAAGCUGACCUCUGUGGACUUCAUCCCAGGUGAAUUUCAGGUGUUGAAGAUCACCUUCCAGCCGGACGAGCCAGUGGCGGUGUUUCAUCCGCGUCCGUGCAUCCACAGCCAUGGUCACAAGCCGAAGAAGAUUCACCGCGGUGGAAAGCAUUGUCGCCAGGUCAGAGAUGGAGCAGAUGCUGCCAGUAUCCCGGACACACAAGGCUACUUAACGGAUUGAGCCGAGAUUGCUUGGAUCAAUGAAUUGGAGCGUAUAGUUGACAACGCUGAGUGCACUCCUCACCCUUUGGUUUGCUUUGA